AUGCCACAACUCAAUAGCGGAGGAGGAGAUGAUCUAGGAGCCAACGAUGAAAUGAUUGCCUUUAAGGACGAAGGGGAACAAGAGGAGAAAAUACAAGAAAAUGCGUUUACUGAGCGGGACUUGGCCGAUCUAAAGUCGUCUUUGGUGAACGAAUCGGAAAUCAGCCAGAACUCGCCGGUAGUUAGAACAGGACAGCAGGACGAACUGAGAGUAUACGAGGAGAAACACAGGGAGCAUUUGCAACAUCUUGAUGAUGUCUCAAAGCCUCAAGAUGGUGGGAUGUACAAAGCGCCAACGUACACUGGAUACCCAUUUUUAAUGUUGCCAGAUACUUACCUUCCAAAUGGACCAGUGUCACCAUCUGCUAAUAAAGUGUCAGUGGUGCAGCAGCCACAUGGGAUGCACCCACUGACAUCACUUCUGCCUUAUACCAAUGAACACUUUAACCCAGCUCCUCAGCAUCUGCCCUCAGAGAUGAGCCAGAAAACAGGUGUUCACCGACAUCAGUCCCAGGACAUCUCCAGCUUCUAUUCCUUGCCCCCCAGUGGAGUUGCUCAAAUGCCCCCGACAAUGAGUUGGUUCCCCCACUCUCUGAUGCUAGGACCAUCUGGUAUGCACCCCACAGGAAUUCCACACCCAGCGAUUGUACCCCCUUCCGGCAAACAAAACCAUGAUCAGUUUGACAGGAACAUGUAUGCUAAGCCACACCCAGAGUCAAAGAGAGAGAGAGACCCCAAAAAGCCAGUAAUUAAGAAGCCUUUAAACGCCUUCAUGCUUUAUAUGAAGGAAAUGAGGGCAAAAGUCAUUGCAGAAUGCACCUUAAAGGAGAGUGCAGCUAUCAAUCAGAUACUAGGACGCAGGUGGCAUGCCCUAACUCGCGAGGAGCAGUCUAAAUACUAUGAGCUGGCCAGGAAAGAGCGGCAGCUUCACAUGCAGCUUUAUCCUAGUUGGUCUGCCCGAGACAACUAUGGCAAAAAGAAGAGGAGAAAAAAGGAAAAGCAGCAAGAUUCUUCUACAGACCCAGGCUCUCCUAGGAAAUGUCGAGCUCGCUUUGGCCUUAAUCAACAAACGGACUGGUGCAGCCCUUGCAGGAGAAAAAAGAAGUGCAUUCGCUACUUUCAAGGAGGAAAGUGCGCCAGUCCCCAUUCUUCCGAUGGAAGUCCUGUAGAUUCACCAUUACCCCCUGUACAUCACACAACACAUCCCACCUCUCCUUUACACUGCUUCUCCCCUUCUCCAACAGUAUCAGUCUACAAUCUUCAUUCACAGACCAGAACAAAUUUGGACCUUAGCAAAGUCAGGACAGUUAAAACAUCAAGAACAAUUCCACAGCAUGGCACCCCAAGUGAUAUAAAAAUCGAAACCAGCAUAAUUUAAUUUAUCAGAGGUUUUAUUGACCAUUAUGAAAUUAUGAACUUAAUGCAUGUUUGCAUAACCAAGGCCAAAAAGCAGAUGACAAGUAUUGCAGUCUCUAUAGCCUCUAUAGUGUGUGUGUGUGUGUGUGUGUGUGUAUGUGUGUGUGUGUGUGUGCUUUACUGCUUUUUUAAAAGUAAGGAAAAUAGAUUUUUAUUUUUUUAA